AUGCCAGAGAACAAUAAGAGGAACAAAGAGAAGACGUUCCUUAUACAAGAGAAUGUGUGCGCUUGCGCCGGUACGAACACGGAAUAUCAGCUGCCACUAUUCAAAUCCGACACAUCAUCCGCAGAUGGGGUCAGUUUAGGAGCUAUGGCAAAAGCUACGUCAAACGAUGUAGGGAAGGAUGUUUCAAGUAGUGAACUACUGGUUAAUUCCUCUAAUACACAGCAGACUGCGAAAAAUGAAAAUAACAUAACGCGUGAUUGGUCAGAUCUACAUAAAAAGGACCCCUGCUUUGGUCAGAAAAUUUCUAACGUACAGAUUAGGGAAGGUGAGGAUUCAGAUCUUGAUAUCGUGUGUGUAAGCAAAACGACCUUACAUGGAGGCGAGGAAAGGUGGAAAAAUAUAAACUGUAAAAAUUUUGAGGAAGGACCAAAAGCUGAAAAAAAUUCCGGAAUGGACGUUAACACUGAAACCUGUUUUAAGCGUGAUUCCUCAAAGCAAAACGUUUUCCUUGAGUUUGAAAAUCAGAAGAUGGUGAUUACAGAACAACAGGUUACACAGAUUGAAACUCUAAAACUGACAAACACGGCGUUGAAUUUAGACAAUGAACUUAAUACAGAGGAGGAGGAGGAGAAUUCUUCUUGUUGUAUAAAUACACAAGCUCUUUUAGAACUAACAAAGUCGGGUAUAUCGAACACGGAAAAAUACGGUAUAAAUUCAGCAUCAGAUGCAGCUUGCGCAAGGAACGAUUCAUUUCUCAAAGCGAGGACUACUUCAAUCAAUACGCCAAGAACUGUGGAGGACAAUUGCGAGAUAAAUCCCACAUUGUUUGACGUACCUUUGAUGUUUCCAAGACAACCAAACGUCGGGAUUUCGCUGCAAAAAGAACCGCCAGGGGAGAAAGAAAAUAAGAACGAACACUGUUUAGCUGACGUCACAAGCUACUCUACAGAGAUCGGAAAAACAAGUUUAAAUGACAAGUGGAAAGGAAAGCCAUCAAAUAGCAGCGUGGCUGCCACCAGCAAUCAACAGUUUCACAUUGUUGCUAAAACGCAUCCCGACGGAGGAUGGGGCUGGGUCGUUUGUCUUGGUGCAUUUCUUGCUCAAUUUAUUGUGCUCGGAAUGCAAAACACGGCGGGUAUUGUCUACACGGAGCUUGUAAAGGAGUUGAAGUCUCCAAGAGGAGCUACAGGUGAGCCUUACACCCCGCAACCUCGUUCCCAAGGUCAACUCCUACCCGAGAAGGCCGGGGAGGACCCUGUGAACGAGCUGUGGUGUCUCGCUAGUGAAAUGUCCUCAAAUUAUUGUGAGGAAAAAAAUAACCUGUGGUGAAAAGACCAUAUCCCACAUCUCACAAAGCGUUGCCCGGGUUCAGAUCAGACGAAGGAGUUCGUUGUCAGUUCUCUUCUCUGCUCUGAGAGUUUUUUCCUACGCACUUCGUUUCUCCCCUCUCCUAAAAAAAAAGCAUUUUGAAAUCCCCAUUCGAUCCGGAAUGGUAGACGAAGACCCCAUACAUGAAUAUGCUACCUGUAAAUCAAUAUUUAUAAUUAUUUAUUUAUUUAUUUGAUGUUCCUCCUUUCUUAUCGACAGCAUGGGUCGGGUCCCUAGCGACUGGUAUCAUGUUCUUUCUGGGCCCUUUGACCACCUCCCUUUGUGAAAGAUGUGGCUGCAGAAUUGUUAUCAUCUGCGGAGUUCUCAUUUGCAUCGCAGGACUGCUACUCUCUUCAAUAGUUACCACUCUUUUUCCUUUUUAUUUCACCUAUGGCCUGAUGUUUGGGACUGGGACAAGCCUCUGCUACUUUCCCACCAUUAUAGUUCUCUCCAAAUACUUUAAAAGGCGCAUAGCAGUCGUGAACGGCCUGGUAACGGCCGGAAGUGGAGUUGGGACAUUGGUAAUGGGACCCAGUGUGCAGGCGUUAUUUCUUCGUUUUGGCGUGGCGUACACGUUUCGCAUUGUGGCAGGAAUGUUCAUUCUGGUGUUAUUAUGCGGAGCAACGUUUCGCCCGGUUCCAACCAAGUACUCGCAGCACCACGACAGUCCUAAGGGGAGAGGGGCAAGCAGGAUAUUUGAAUGGAGCAUUUUCAAGAAUAAAGGAUAUGUUAUUUGGGUGAUAUCUUUAGCAACAUUUCAGCUUGGAUACUUUGUACCUUUCGUACACCUGGUAAGAGGAUUAUGAGUUAUGUUUAAGUAACGGGUAGCUAAAACAACGCAAUAAAAGAAGAGAAAGGGCUAAUUAUCCUAGCCGGGGAACGCGGGACUCUAUCCGUGCGGGAAAACACUUCAGAAACGUUUCCUAAGCGAAGAAAAUGAAAUCUGAAGAAGCGCGUCAGGGAGCGGUAAGCUGCGGAAGGAUCUCAGUGGCUUGAUCCGUUUUCAGAUUGGAGUGAAAAUUUGUGCGGCGGGACUAAAUUAUACUUUUGAUUUUUAGGUCAGACACGCUGAAGACCUCGGUGUCUCCCCGACAGAUGCUUCGUUUCUGAUCGGAUACUUGUCCGUGGCGUCGACAGCGGGCCGCCUAUUUUUCGGCAAAAUGGCCGAUCUUUCAUGCGUCAACAGAAUCCGUAUGUAUCAGUUGGGGGUCUUCGUGAUCGGAAUAUGCUCUUUCCUUGUUCCCUUGGCAACAGGUUAUGUAGGACUGACGGCUUAUGCUGUUACCUUCGGCUUCUUUGAAGCAUGCUAUGUGCUCUUAAUUCCGCUGGUCACAAGUGACAUCGUUGGCCCACACAAGAUGUCCUAUGCUCUUGGAAGUGCAUUCACAGUGAUGGCUUUCCCGAUGUUUUUAGGACCUCCUAUUGCAGGUUUGUACACUUUCUCGUAUAAGUAA